AUGCUCCUCCGGGUCUUGUGUGUUGUCGGACUUUUGGGAUUGGCGACCGGUGUGCCGCAACGCUCCUCAAAAUUGGUGUUCCUCAAUGAGGAGAACUGGACCAACAUCAUGAAGGGCGAGUGGAUGAUCGAAUUCCAUGCUCCAUGGUGCCCGGCGUGCAAGGACCUCCAGAAGGCGUGGAACGCGUUCGCUGAUUGGUCCGACGACCUCGGAAUCAAGGUCGGUGAAGUCGACGUCACCGUUAACCCGGGACUGUCUGGACGCUUCUUGGUCACCGCGCUGCCAACCAUUUAUCACGUCAAGGAUGGUGUCUUCCGUCAGUACUCGGGACCACGCGACAAGAACGAUUUCAUCUCGUUCGUCGAGGAUAAGAAGUACAGAGUUAUCGAUCCAGUUCCAGAUUACAAGCAUCCAAAUUCGAAGCAAAUGGCCGUCGUCGCCGUCUUCUUCAAGCUUUCCAUGGCUGUCCGCGAUUUGCACAAUCAUCUUGUUGAGGAGAAGGGAAUCCCAUCGUGGGCUAGCUAUGGAAUGUUCGCCGGCGUCACAUUGGCGUUGGGAUGCGUUUUGGGAUUCUUCAUCGUUGUGAUUAUUGAUCAAGUUUUCCCGACGGGACCACGCAAGAAUCAGCAACAGAAGCAGGCGAGCAAGAAGGCCGAGAAGAAGGAUGCCGGCUCUUCUGAAAAUAGCAAAAAGAAUGGCAACAACAAUAACGCGAAGGAAGCCAAGAAGACCAAGUAG